UUCCAAAUCCACAAAAAUCAUGCAUACCUGUGUUCUAGAUGAGCUCAAGACUCAACCCUUCUGGAUCCUCGUGCUUUUCACUUUAGGUUCUCUCUUGGCUCUAAAAUUUGUCUUGGUGAGUCAGAAUCCAGACAAGCUCAAAGAUGUCUUGGAUUCUAUUCAAGCCAAGUACGGCAACACCCAGAUCAAGAAUGUUGUUGUGGAUUUCUCUGGUGAUUUGUCUGAAGGGAUUAAGAGGGUUAGUGAAGCUAUUGAAGGUUUAGAUGUUGGGGUUUUGGCCAACAACGUUGGGGUAUCGUACCCUUAUGCCAGGUUUGAGAGCCACUACUUGAGGCUUCGCAGUGGGGACUGACCACCACCACC